AUGCUAGCAAUACCCAACAGGUUCCCACCGCCCCCAGAAGUAAUGAUAACAUGCACACGACCCAAUCCAGGUCAUAUCGAGGUUGUCACGGGAGGCGUAGAUGCAAUAGGUUGUCGGAUCAGCUUCAUCCUCGAUAGUCAGAAGCGAAGAGAAUGGGGCAAGCUCGAGGGCGGGGAGAUGGCCUCCGUCAAAAGUACCGAAAUCCCCUUCACCCUAGCUGCCAUGGCCGCUCGAGCUCUGAAAACAUGA